AUGGGUCUUUCUCAGGAACGUAAGCUCGAGUACUUUGCGAAGCUCGAAAAUUUGCUUGAAAAGUACACCAAGAUCUUUCUCGUCGGUGUUGACAAUGUCGGUUCGGCCCAAAUGCAACAAAUCCGUCUAGUGCUUCGUGGUCGUGGUGAAGUGCUUAUGGGUAAGAACACCCUUAUGCGUAAGGUGUUUAAUAACUUUGUAAAGAAAAACCCUGGGCACCCACUUGAGUUAUUCAUUCCGCUACUUAAGGGUAAUGUCGGCUUUGUAUUCACAAAUGACGACUUGUCUGAGAUCCGUGAGAUACUUGAGUCGAACCGUGUGCCUGCUCCGGCUCGUGUGGGUUCAAUUGCUCCAGUUGAUGUCAUCGUGCCUCCAGGUCCCACUGGUGCUGAUCCCGGUCAGACUUCGUUCUUCCAGGCUUUGCAAAUUGCCACUAAGAUUCAAAAGGGACAGAUUGAAAUUGUAUCUGAGGUACUUCUUACCCGCAAGGGUGAGAAGGUUGGCAACUCUGAGGCUGCUCUGCUGCAGAAGCUCGACAUCAAACCUUUUUCUUACGGUCUAGUGAUCGAGCAAGUUUACGACAAUGGAUCAAUCUUCGACCCUGCUGUACUUGACCUUACUGAGGCUGAUCUAUGCGCUAAAUUUGCUGCUGGAUUGCGCAAUGUAGCCGCGAUGUCACUGGAAUUAGGCAUUCCAACUCUUGCCUCAAUUCCUCACUCAAUCGCUAAUGCAUUCAAGGAUUUGGUUGCUAUUGCUGUGGAAUGUGAAAGCUUUUCUUUCGAGAAAGCUGAGCCAUACAAAGCUUAUCUAGCUGACCCGUCAGCGUUCGCUGUAGCCGCUCCAGCUGGUGGUGCUGCUGCCCCUGAGGCGAAGAAAGAGGAAGCUGUUGAGGAAGAAGAGGAAGUUGACAUGGGCGGUGGCAUGGACAUGUUCGGUGGCGAUGAAGAUUAUUGA